AAAAUGUAACGCGGUAGAUCAACAAGUGAAUGUUUAAUGCUUGCUUUUGUGCCACUUCUGGCGGUGAAUACGUUUUAAGAAAUAGAAAUAUAAAGUUGUGGUCGCGCUUCGCCCUUCGAUAGCAGACGGGCUUAUCAGAGGUGGUGUAUCAUUUGGAUGUUACAGAAGCACCUCCCUUCCUGCAAAGAUACAGAUCGUGCUUCCAGGGUGAUACACUCGGCGUGUGCUGAUUGGCUGAAACCUUGACGAUGCGCUGAUUCUACACCAUGGCUCAGGAGGCUCUGUGGAAAUACCCACAAUCCUCAGCUCCCUAAUUUACACCGACAGCGUCUGAGGCUCAUCGAGAAAACCUGUCCAAGCCAUGAUGUCGGUCUGUGUGCCCCCACCACGUAACUCCUCCCCCUCUGUGGAUGUAGCCAAUCGCAAUGGUCCCCCUGCAACUCCGCCCACAUCCCUCAGCUUGCGCUCUUCACACAAUCAACUGCUCAGUGGUGAUGUCAUCAAACAGGGCCAGUCCACACCUCCAAAGUGUCGGAAAAAGUACGCCCUCACGAGCAUCCAGAGCGCAAUGGGACUCGGAGAAGGUGGGACACCACCGUCAUCAUCUUCCACUGCCGCCAAUCCUAAACUGGCCAAAAACGGAGCGAAUCAGUUACGUAAAGCCGCAGAACACCAGGAUCACAACAAGAACACCACCAAAGAAGAUGAAGAUGGUAACACGGCCGUCGAAUCGGAGCUCAACAUUGAUGAUGACGAUGACGACUUGACCGUUGAGGAAUUGAGCCUUGACAGCGAGUCCAACAUUGACGUUGAUCACAGUGACUUUGACGCUAAUAAUCAGCUUGUUAAUGAGGAUGUAAAUGAGUCGAUUAAUGAUGACACUAAUGAGGAGGAUCUUCAACCCGUGGAGAAUUCUGACAACCUGCUCAUCCUGUCUGAAAAAUCCGAGAUCGUCUCGGACAGGAAGUCCUCAGAAAACCUUAAGUCCAAGAGUUACCUGGAGUCAUGCCUUGACGACCUAUCGUACGACCUGCCUAACGUUCAGGAUGAUGAUGAUGUCACAAAACCAUUGCUGAUAAAAGAGAAAAAUCCCACAUCUCCAAGGAAACAGCAGAGCCCUGAGGACACUCCCCUGCUGUCGGUUGGCUCUUCGUCUUCCUCUUCCUCACCGGAGACGAAAAAGGACCGACCACGGACAGGAGCCAAGACGGACCGUGCGCUAAACCGCAUCCAGAACCUUCCGCACAGCGACGAGGAGUGCAGCUGGACAACACUAUCACAGGACAGCGCAUCGCUAGGCUCACCAGAGGAAAGCGAUAUCUGGGGCGAGCAGUCGUUUCAGACAGACCCUGAUUUGCCUCCAGGAUGGAAGAUGAUGACAGACAUGGCUGGUAUUUAUUACUGGCACAUUCCAACGGGUACCACACAGUGGGAAAGACCCGCCCCAUGCCAUCCUGUGCCAACUGGCCCCAGUCAUGCCAGCCGCAAACACUCACUGGGCUCUCUUUCGCCCUCACCCACUCCAGAUCAUGAGUCAAUGUCUCAUGCCGAUGUGUUUUUUGGAGCAUCAAGCCGUUCAGGCAGCACCGCCUCUGACUGUUCCGCUGAUCCCGCGCCUAUCCCUACAUCUUCCUGUGUAGACCCCACCCCUACUCUGUCCUCAAACUCUUCCUCAUCCUCUGACGGAAAUGUUCCUUCCUGCGGAUUUGUCAACAGCUGUUACUUUCCUCGUUCAUCAUCCCUACAGAUAAUGCCAGGGAAGGACAGACACUCUGAGACACGUCAUCGAGAGGAGGACAAGAAACAGCCAUGGAGUGAUUUUGCAGUGGGAAAGAUUGAUAGUGAGAUCUGGAAGGAUCUGCAGGCAGCCACAGUAAACCCUGACCCCAGUCUAAAGGAGUUUGAAGGAGCAACUCUCCGAUACGCCUCCCUCAAGCUACGAAACCCUGCUCCUGUGGAAGAGGAAGAUUCGAGCAGUGUAAACAGUGACCCUGAAGUCAAGUGUUUCGCUGUGCGAUCUCUCGGCUGGGUUGAGAUGGCAGAAGAGGACUUGGCUCCCGGUAAAAGCAGUGUCGCUGUUAAUAACUGCAUUCGCCAACUGUCUUACUGCAAGAACGACAUCAGAGAUACCGUGGGCAUCUGGGGAGAGGGGAAGGAUAUGUACCUUUUUCUAGAAAACAACAUGCUGAAUCUGGUUGACCCGAUGGAUCGCAGCGUUCUACACUCUCAGCCAAUAGCAAGCAUCCGUGUGUGGGGUGUCGGACGUGAUAAUGGAAGGGAUUUUGCAUACGUAGCGCGAGAUAAGGACACCCGCAUAUUAAAAUGUCAUGUGUUCCGCUGUGACACCCCUGCCAAAGCCAUCGCCACCAGUCUGCACGAGAUCUGCUCCAGGAUCAUGACAGAACGCAAGAAUGCUAAAGCUAUGGCUGGAGGAUCCCUACAGGACAGAUCACAUACCGGACUUGACCUCCCACUACAAGCAGAGUUCCCCACACCAAAGACUGAACUGGUGCAGAAAUUCGAAGUGUUAUAUGUUGGUAUGACGCCAGUUGCUAGACCUAUAGGCAUGGAAGUUCUCAACGGUGCAAUAGACAAUUUGCUGACAUCAUCAGUACGAGACGACUGGAUCCCCGUGUUGUUGAACGUAGCCGAUGCAACAGUCACAGUCAUCAAAGAGAAGGAGGAAGAGGAAGUCCUGGUGGAGUGUCGUGUGCGAUUCCUGUCUUUCAUGGGAGUAGGAAAGGAUGUGCAUUCAUUCGCGUUCAUCAUGGACUCUGGGAACCAGCACUUUGAGUGUCAUGUUUUUUGGUGUGAACCCAAUGCGGGCAGCGUGUCUGAGGCUGUUCAGGCAGCGUGCAUGUUGAGAUAUCAAAAGUGUCUGGUGGCACGCCCUCCAUCUCAGAAAGCCUGCUCACAGGCUCCCCCUGCUGAUUCAGUCACACGCCGAGUUUCCACUAGCGUCAAACGCGGCGUUCUUUCACUCAUCGACACGCUCAAACAGAAAAGACCGGUCACUGAGCUGCCUCAGUGAUCUGACCAACAAGCACGCAUACUCACUCUCACGCUCUGCAUGCUUAGAAAUACCAGAAUGUUCUGUACAUAGCUGCCAAGCAAUUGAUGGAGCCGAAGAGGAAAUCAAUGGCGAAAACUGUGUGAAAGUGAAACCACAUGUUGGGGAUGAGCGAUCAAAUGAGCCAAUGCCAAGAAAACCCAUCCUUUACUUGCACAAGUACACACACACACCUAAUCCUUCAUCUUCAGCCGCUCUCUUCAGUCAUGUGUGUAUCUGCAUGGAAAGCCACGCCUCUCCAACAUGACACAAACUAGCAGGCUACACCCAUCUUUAAACACCAGGUGGACAAAGCCUGCCCGGAGUUUUUAAGCAUAAUUGAGCGGAGAACUACUUUAGUUUAUGUAAUACAGCUGCUUCACCAGAGCUUCAUUGUGGAUGUAGCUGCUAGACAAUACGACUAGAGGAGCUUGAUACUGCUACUGAAGGAUGUUUGGCACUUUCCAUGAAUACAGUUUGGUGUCCCAUUACUUUUAAAGCAUUAGAGUCCCAAGUUCAAUGCUACUUGUUGUGACAACUGUCGGAUACUAUUGGAUUCCAUUUAUCCAGUUCAACCAUUCAACCCUGUUAUGGAAGUUAAAGGGAUAGUUCACCAAAAAAAUGAACAUUCUGUCAUCAUUUACUCACUCUCAUGUUAUUACAAACCUGUAUACAUUUCUUUAUUCUAAUGCAUACAAAGUAAGAUGUUGUGAGUAAAUGUUUGUAACCAAACAAUUUAAGAGUCCCAUUCACUUCCAUAGUAUUCUUUUUCCUACUAUGCAAGUGAAUGGGGCUCAUGAUCGGUUGGUUACAAACAUUCCUCAAAAUAUCUUUCUUCAUGUUCAUCAGAACAAAGAAAUUUGUAAAGGUUUGUAACAUAGACUGUAAAAAAAAGAUGGACGACACCCGUUCGCUCUCUUCCAUUGGUGGAUACGGCACUGACAUCUUGGCUCUUGAGUCUGCGCAGUAGAGUUUUCGGGACCAGUCCUGCGCAGUAGUGAGCAGGAAGUAAAGCCGCGAAAUCAAGGCCUCGCCAUCGCUCUCAAAGUUAACGCAUAUCACAGCUGUCAAUCAUGGCAUGACACCACCAUUUUUAUAUCAUUAACUCUUUCACCGCCAGCGUUUUAAAAAAAAAUUUGCCAGCCAGUGCCAGCGUUUUUCAUGAUUUUCACAAAAGUUUAAUGCCUUCCAGAAAAUGUUCUUCUUCAAAUAUAUAAACAUACAAUAUACCAUAUGAAAGAACAGACCCUCUGCUUUCAAACAAAAAAAAACCGUUUCAUCCUACCUUUAGUAGUUCUUUUGUAAUCAGCUUUUGAAUAUGGGUAGGUUUCUGCAAAAACGCCACAUUUUGAGCAAAAAGCAGAGAUAAUUCCAUUAUUGUGACGGACUUUUCAUAGAGAUCCCAUUCAGAGCGAUCUUUAAAACAGACACCGACAUGCAGCAGCUUGCCAUAGGGCAAUACUUCCGGGUUUAAAAAGUUGCGGAAGAGCGCCACCUAGUGGAUAAUAGCGGUAUUGCGGAAAGACGGAAAUACUCGUCAUUGGCGGGGAAGCGUUUUCUCUUGAUUGACGAGAUAUCUCGUCAAUGGCUGGGAAAGAGUUAAAUAACUAAAAACAAACUUAUUUUAAAAACAAACACUUGUAUUUACAUCAGCGUGAUAAAAACUACAUUAAAUGACAGAAACCAGCUUCGGUAAAAAGAUAAUUGAAGUGUAAUUAGUUGCGGUAUAUGUAUAUGUUUUAAUGAUGCUUCAUUUGCAUCAUUCUUAAUGUUUUGUAUGUUUUAUUUAUUUAUUUUUUUUAUUGUGAUGUCUCUAUGGACCUUUGUGUCUUGAAUAAAGUUGAUAUAAUUAAAUUGUUUAGUUGGUCUCAUAGAUAUAUACACUAGAUGUCGCCUUGGCGGCGGUUUUGACGCAUGCUCAGAGCCCCAUCUUAGAACAGGGGUCUUGUCAUAGGAAGUAUCUAGGUUAAGCUGCCAUCUCUGCCUGUACUUCGAAUUCAUGGACGAUGUUGGACUUUUGUGCUGCGUAUGGAUGUUAGGCCUACUAGCACUAUGCAUUGCAGUUAGAAAAAGUAAAUUUUCAUAAAAUCAAAACUUUAACUUUUUCCUGGACUAAAUGCUAAAUACAUGUCUGACUGUUGAAACGAACCAAAAGAAAACCAAGAAAAUCGCGUUCACGACGAUUUAUGGUGAUUUUAUUUCCGUUACACUAUUGCCUACAAUGACGCUGAUGCGGGGUUCCCCUGUUUCAAGAUGGCGGCUUUGUUUGACGCAUUCGGUCCAAUGAACUGCCGUAGCCAAGGCGACAUCUAGUGUACAUAUCUUUGAGUUGGUCUCAAGUCUCAUUGAAUAACAUGGAGGAGGCAGGGUUUAUGAUAGGUCAAUGAAACCAAUGGGUUUCAGGGCUUGUGCGGCACGCUUGGUUUGUAACAACAUGAGAGUGAGAAUAUGAUGACACAAUUUAGAUUUUUAGGUGAACUAUCCCUUUAAUACACAAUUUUUCUCAUUUAUAUAUCAGAAAUAUGUUUAUCAGUAAUCACAAACCCAUCAUUUAUUCUCUGUUAAAAAAAUAGUUGGAUCAACUUAAAAAGUAAGGGUCAUGCCUGUACACAAUAGGUAAAUUACAGGGUUGAAAGAAUAAAAACAGGAUAAGUAACAGGGUUGAAAAUAUUGACUUUAUUUUAACAACACCUUAUUUGUCAACACUGUUAAAUAGAUUUGUUGGUUCAUCUUAAAAAAGUAAGGGUUCGUGCUGCCUUGAAAUAUUGAGUUGAAAAAUGUUAAGUCAAUUUAUAUUUUUAAGUUAAAUUAACAUCUCAAGGCAGCACGAACCCUUACUAAAGGGCUCGUUAUAGUUGUGUGUAGGUCUUACGGCGUAGGUUACGCGUCGGUUUUCAUUUAUACUUCAUAUCGUCCGCCUCGACGUGCAAACGCACAUGCAGACCGCUGAUAGGCAGUAUCCACGCGUGUUACCACAGUAGUAGCGCGACCAUCAAUGAAGAAGCAGCUUGGCAAGUUUAACCCACAAGUGAAGAAGAAACAGCAAUUUGUUGUGUAUGUUUUGAGUUGACCAGCAGUGAUGGAAGUAAAUAAACAGUGACUAAUGUUGCAGUUUGAGUUAAAUCACUCCUCAACUUGGUCCAUCUUUGUUCACACCAUCGCAAAUGGAAAUACCUGCCUUUCUAUAUCUGCGUUUACACCAGCCGCGGUAGAGGCGUCAAGCAUGAGUGAUUUCAAUGUUAAGUCAAUGUGAAGACGCGUUGACGCGCGUCUGGAGGUCUCGCGGCGCGGAUGAGGCGUUUGGCGCGGUAGACGCAAUUCCGCCUCGUUCGCGCGAAUUGAGCGAAUGGCGCGGUACACGCAAAUGGUGCUUUUUGUGCAUUUUGCGUCUGACGCGAAUUUGCGGAUGACGACCGAGUUGAAAAAUGUAAACUUUGGCGGAUUUUCGCGCCGCGUUAACCAAUCGGGAGCCUGCUUGCUGCUGUGGCGGCAGCCCCGCCCGGAGUCACUCAUUCAGCAUGAAGGCUUGAUAUUGUCCGUGAGCAGUCACCUGGAGCUAUACAACACAAGUUCUUAUUUCUAUAGAGACAGGAAUAAAAAGGACCUCGCUUGAAAGAGUGUCAGUGAGGACAUUGGGCAACCUGGUAAGUUGUAAAUACACAUUUAACUUUUGAGUCACGUGACGUUUAUUGACCCGCGCCGCCUAUAGUAAGGUGACCAAAUACAAACCGGUAACUCUCUCGAUAAACGCACAAUCAACAUUAGCCAUCUUGCAAACAGACAACGGCAUAGCACUUGCUCCUCCCACAAGAAGCGGAUUUUGCCUCUGACGCGCGUCAAAUGCUUGCUUUUUCCACGCGUCUACUUCGCUCUCGACGCGCGAAUGCAUUCAAACUGUUCAAGCGGCAAACUAGGCGCGGUAGACGCGAUUUUGACGCCUGAAACGCAGUUGGUGUAAACGCAGCAUUAGAACUGACGUGCUGUUGAAAAUUUGGCAAGGUGCACAACAGGCUACGCAGAGGCUUUAGAUAACUUACGACGUAGACCUUACGCACAACUAUAAAUUGGACUUAAUUUGAACCAACAAAUCUUUUUUUACAGUGUUGACAAAUUAGGUGUUAUUAAAAUGAAGUUUAAUUUAGCCAAAUGUUACUUCUGAUCCUGAUUUUAUUCUUUCAACCCUGCUAUUAUUUUGGCAGUUUUUAAAAUGUAAACCUUUUGUACCAUAUUCAUGGAAAGUGCCGUUUAUAAGUGUCAUAUUGUUGCAAUCUAUUAUAAAUGCAAACAUUGGUCAUGCAAACAAAAAAAUGAUGGAUAAGAAGAAGUGAUACCACAAGACCCAAACGUUGCAAUUGGGAGAGGUUGCCAUUAAAAUAACUCUUCACUGGACUUGCUUCACAUAAGAAGGCUCAGAAAAGAUGCCAAUGUGAAAUGAACAGCAUGUGAAAAUGAAACACAAAUACAUUGAUGGAUCAAACAUCCCAAUAGACUUGCCCUGCAUCGACACUGUUAAUGCAAAAGGGUGUAACCUGUUCAGUUUGGUGUGUAGAUGUAAUGUACGAAUGUGCUUUUUUAUAUUUCCAAAGUGAAUUUGCCUUUUUCCUUUGAAAGAGGGAAUUUUGUGUGGAAGAAUUGAUGCAAGUGUAAUACAGAAAGAAGGAAGAACUUUUGCUCAGAGCCAAACGGUUCAAUCAUGUUAAAAUUGUGCUUCGACCCCCAGCGUUGCACUCACGUACUAAAGAAACACAACUGUGUUCUGCUUCACUCACUACGCUCUUUGACAAGGUCGCAUCUGACCGAAAGCCUCAAAAAUACCCGACCAAUACGGCUUUGCAGCACAUCCAGGUUAGUGAAGGAACUCCAGUGUCUGUGAAGAGCUGAUUCAGUUUGGGCGUCUUUGCUUUUGGAUGCCACUGGUGUCCUGGUAAUGCUUCACAUCUGUUAGUCACUGUUUGGGUUUGGUCAGUGGUGUGCCACUUGUAGUCCUAGACUUAACACCCUUUCUCGGGUUUUGAAGAGUCACUUAUGUGUGUACAUACAGUAUCUAUAUAUAACAAAUGUCAUAUCAUAAGCCUUUAUUUUUAGAAUAUCAAAUGCUUUUAUUUUGUAAUGUUUUUUGGGCAUACUUGCCUUGGCAUGUGUAGUGAUCUCAUUUCAUUUGGCCAUACUGUAAAAAAAAUCAUUGUAUGUGUUGUAGAUAAACCAACGGGCAAAACAGAAACGUGAAGAGUGGAUGAUGGUGGUGAUUGUGUGAAUAUGAAUUUAUUUUGUGGUCCUUUUUGGAAAGCUAACUGUUGGAGAGGAGAUGUGAAUUUGUGUCUUAUCUAUGCAUUCUUUUAGAGGACGGUUUAAGAAAAAAGAGACACAUUGCCUUGCAUGUCCUGGGACAGUUUAAGAAGAACUGUAUUGAACAAAAAUGAUAUUUUUUAUUUUAUUUAUUCUAUUUUAUAUUGGUAUAUAUACUGGUCUCACUGUAUCAUGCUCGGACACUCAAAUCGCUGUAUUCUGGAAAUAAGGAAAGUCAAUCUAAAGCAUUGUACAUACAGUUACACCCUAAAAAUGUUGUGUAAUCUCAGAUGCUGCUGUCCAUAAUAACAAAUAGCUUUUGUAAGGCCUAUAAGAUACAAACAUUAGAUAACAGGUAUAGCUUCAAUACAUUUUAUUCCAAAAUAUAUCUCUGACGGCCAAUAGGAGAAACGUUUGUCGAGAUUGUUAUGAAUCUGUGCGGUGUAGAUGUGUUUCGCGAGCUCCUUCAAUCAUAAUCCAUGUAUUUUGACUAUACACAAGGUCAUCACAACUUAGUUUUCACCCAGCAGAUAAUCACAGUACGAGAUGAUGAAAUAACUAUCGUCUGUAUAAGUGUGUGUUAUAAUGAACCGGCACAAAUCAAUCUGCCUGUGUGCUGCACCUCCUCUGUCUUCUUUUUGCAAGUUUUUCUUUCUAUGUGAAUUUCAAUUAGCGAUACGAUGUAGUAGGAGAUGUGUUGUUUUGGACAAUUCAGUGUAUUUUUUCUCUGAGGAUUUGUUGGUAAAUUAUACUUUAUUUUUACAAUAUUAUCUUAGUGGCAAAGUCAGCUGCUAAAUGCAAAACCAGAAAGACGGAGGAGGCUUAUGGGUAAUGUAGUGCAGUACAGUAAUUUAGUAUAGAAACAUCAGACUUAUCAUGUUAUCCAAGAGUAGUGUACUGUUUGACCUUAGUGUUCCUGCAUGGUGAAACACUCUUUUCGGGGGAAAUAUCAUCACAAGGAUUAAAUAUAACACUCUCCUGGUAUAAUGCACACAAACAGACGUUUUUGUGGAAAUGGCUUAAUCUGCUCUACACUAAUUUGUACACCAUAUAAAUGUAAACUGUUGUGAAAAUAAAUGGCAUAUCACAAAUACAUCAAAAGAUUUA